AUGGCUUCCCACGCCCCCGCCCACACAGCCCUUGGCUUCCAGUUCGAUCAACAGCAACAACAGCAACAACAACAACAGUUCGCUAGAGGACUUUGUGCUCUAUCCCAAUCCGCCAGCUCCUCGUCCGCAGCCUCAUCCACGAGACUCGCGCUUGCUAGCUCCCUCGAGCACUACCCUUAG